AUGGCCUGCUUGUACUUCGCGGCCAGCGGCGCCGGGAUAUUGUGGCAGGUCGAAAGCGAAGUAGGUCUCCCUCAACUGCCGAUCCUAGCAGUGGGUGCCUUUGCAUGCAUCUUGGUCCUACUGUUGAGGAGAUGCCGAUGCAGCCACGAAGUGUGCAGUUGCCGUCAGCGUGCGUGCUUGUUUCUGAUGGCGCUCUGUUGCGGAUUUGCUUCGUCGGUGAUGUACACCAGUGGGAGUAUGGGUUCCACAAUCCAGCUUGCCUUGGGCAGCCUGUGGCUGAUUUGGUUUGUGCUUGUUUGCUGCUUAGAGUUUGAUCGGAUGACUUUCGCAGAUGCCUUUCUGAGCAGCAGAUUCUUGGAGCAGGACUUGUCCCAUCGAUUGAUCAUGGAGGCGGGCUGUUCAUCGGACACAGACAAGGCACGUCUGCGGGCGGAGAUUUUUCAAAGCGGGCAAGCGCAAGAGGUAGAGGAGGCGGUGGCAGUCUUGCUGCGCAUGAACAUCUUCACCUACGAGCUGCACCGCACGGCAGCUUUGACUGGGGAGCUCGGUGAUAUGUCAACCUUCAGCCGCUUUUGGGUUGCUGGCGCACUGAUUUGGUGGAGCCUGUUUCCUCUGGUUUUGCGUGGGACGAGUACGACAGUCAUGAUUGAUAUUCUCAUCGCUGUCAUGCCAGCUCAAGCAAUAUGCUGGCUCAUACUUGCCUGGCUGUUACCGCAAGACAGGAGGGCCUUCGCAGCUUCUAGUCUAAAGCUAUGGCUUUUGGUGGUAUUUCUCAACAUCAGUUGGAUCGUGGAUUCUGGCCGGUCGUUCGUUCUUUGGUACCUUUGCGCUGGAUCUUUGGUGUUGGGCCCAUCGUGUCUUGCACUUUCUCUUGCUGGACCCCUGCGACUUGCCCGUCUGCCUGUUCUGGGAGUUCCCUUAGUGCGGCUGCUCAUUGGCCGAAAUGUAUUCUGUCGACGCCGGGCGCGAAGAGACCGGGGAGAAUUUCCGACAGAUCUGGUAUGUCUGGAGGUGAACAAAAUGAAGACUUGCGCCAGGGAGAUGAUCGACGUUGACGACGAGAUGAUCCCCAGCUGCUUCACGAACUACAGCGGCAACGAGUUGGGCUGUCUUCCGAAUCAGGUGCGGAAGACUGGCGAAUGGUACAGCAAGAAUCCGGGCGUGCUUGCUGUGCUGUGGGAUGCCAGUGGCAUCAUCGUGUACCACAUCCCGCAGGCCGAAAUACCGGAGGACCUGAAGAACGACAAGCCCGAGCCGAACUCGUGGCCCGGUCGAUGGCGAUUCGCCUACAUGCCCUUCGAUCCCUCGGGCUGUGUCAAUGUGGCGCGGCCACAGGAGAUCGUCUUGAACAUUGCCUUGUGUGGAGACUGGGCCGGAAAUGCGUGGUGGGAUUGUGAGGAAUGCAAGAAGACAGGCUUCGUGCCCAACUACUGCAUCCCAGCCCACGUCACCGAGCCCGCAACGGACUGCUGCACCAUCUACAUGAGCAACCCGUCGGCGGAAGAGAAUCUGAAGACCAAGGCGUACUUCGAUAUUGAUUAUAUCAAGGUCUUUCAGCCCAAAGACUCGAACAUGCCGAAGUACGCGUCCGGCACCUACAGGACCGGGGGCGAGGCAAAGUGA